AUGGAUGCAGCUACUGCUCCACCUCCACCAUUGGCGGACGACAAUGCCAUCUUCCUUAAUUCGACCGUCAAUUCCGUCUAUGAGCUGAUCGUUGCUAUUCCGGGCUCUCAUCUCAUCCUCACCUACGUCAAGAAUGCCUACCAAGACGAUCCUUUCCGUAUCAUUUUGGAACUCUUUUUGGUUUUCUUUGCAUUGAAGUAUAUGCUUUCAAAAAAGUAUAAGCCUCAGGAUAAUGCCGUCAAGUUGACUGAAAAGGAAAUUGACGAUUUAGUUGAAGAAUGGAAACCAGAACCACUUGUACCCCCACUCAGCUCGCUCGAUAAGCUCAACUUGGAGAAAGCACCUUUGAUUAUUGGUGGUCAAUCUGCUAAACCCAAGGUGGCUGGUCAUGCUAAACCAUUGAUGAAUCUCGCUUCGACCAACUAUUUGGAAUUGCAAUCAUCCGAACGUAUCCGUCAAAAAGCCAUUGAUACUUUGAAGGUCUAUGGUGUUGGUUCGUGUGGUCCCCCAGGCUUUUAUGGUACUAUCGAUGUCCAUAUGGAUUUGGAACGUGAUCUUGCCAAAUUCUUGGGUACAGAACAAGCCAUCAUUUAUGCUCAAGGUUUCUCUACUGUCUCUUCGGUCAUUCCUGCAUUCUCCAAGCGUGGUGAUUUACUCGUUGUUGAUGAUGGUGUUUCAUUCUCAGUGCAAAAGGGUGCCCAAAUCUCUCGUUCGAAUGUCCGAUACUUUAAGCACAAUGACAUGCAAGACUUGGAACGUGUUCUCGAUGAUAUCCGUGUCGAUGAUUUGGUGCACAAGCGUAAAUUGACUCGCCGCUUUAUCGUGACCGAAGGUCUCUUUGCCAAUCAUGGUGACAUUGCUCCUCUUCCCAAGUUGAUUGAACUCAAGCGUAAAUUCAAGUAUCGAUUGAUUUUGGAUGAAUCGCAAUCAUUUGGUGUGCUUGGUAGCCGUGGUGCUGGUUUGACGGAUCUUUACAAUAUCGAUGCCAAGGAAGUGGAUAUGAUUGUUGGAUCCAUGUCGAAUGCUCUUUGUGCUUCGGGUGGUUUUUGUGCUGGCAAUGAACAAGUGGUGGAUCAUCAACGUCUUUCGGGUCUUGCCUACUGUUUCUCGGCAUCCAUUCCUGCAAUGCUUGCCGUCUCAGCUUCUGAAGGUCUCAAAUAUAUCCAAGAGAAUCCACAAAUGUUGCGUGACCUUACCGAUCGUGCACGUGCCUUCCGUCAAACUUUGACGCACAAGUCACUCGAGAACUUGAUUGAGAUGAGCAGCCCUGAUUUGCACUCGCCAGCACCCUUUUUCCAUAUUCGCAUCAACCCCACUUUCCUCAAAUCGCGUAGCAGAGAUGGCCAUGAAUUCUCCCGUGAAGAUGAGGAGCGUUUGUUACAAGAUGUCGUUGAUGAAUGUGCUGCUCAAGGUGUUUUGCUUACUCGCGCAAAGUAUGUGUAUGAGCAAGAACGCAAUUGCCCACGUCCCAGUAUCAAGGUCUAUGUCACCAUUGGCCUUUCCAAAAAGGAGAAUGACAAGGCAGCUGGUGUCGUCAAGUCUGGCAUCGUCAAGGUCUUUGGCAAGUGGAAAAAGUAA